ACCCGCACGUUGGACGGUGUUACAUACUACCCUGGGCCGAAUACGCCCUUAACACGAGCGUCCACUCUGGAUUGCAGAUGACCCCGUUUGAAGCCUUAUAUGGACGGCCGCCUCCCACCUUCUUACCUUACCGCCAGGGGGAGAGCAAGGUGCCUGAGGUGGAUAAUUUCCUACAAGAGCGGGACUCUCUAUUACAACGGUUGCGAGAAAAUUUAAGGGAAGCACAGCAGCGGAUGACUACAGCGGCUAACAAACAUCGGACAGAGUUGCGGUUUGUGGUAGGCGAUUGGGUAUUGUUGAAGUUGCAGCCCUACCGACAGCACUCCGUGGUUCGCCGCAGCUCCCAAAAACUUGCACGCAGGUUUUACGGGCCAUACCGGGUGCUGGAGAGAAUUGGGGAGGUGGCUUACAAACUAGAACUUCCUGCGGAAUCAAGGAUUCAUCCGGUGUUCCACGUGUCACUGUUACGGCCUUAUUAUGGAGAUUCCCCGGAACAAGUUCAACGGGCAUUGUCGUCGGAGUUUGUGCAUGGUCAGCCGCUAUCCGAACCAGUGAGGGUGCUCGCCGAACGGGAGGUCUUGGUAAAGGGGCGGCCCUUGAAGCAAUGGCUUGUGGAAUGGGAGGACGGUGGACGAGACGACGCCACGUGGGAACCGUAUGAGCGCAUCCGGCAGCGGUUUCUCGCGUUACACCUUGAGGACAAGGUGGCUUCGCAAGCGGAUGGGAAUGUUACGCAUGGGAUGCAUGGGCCGCAAGAGGAUGGCAUGACGAGCAAGAAAAGGAAAACGGGUCGGGCCAAGAUGAAGCAGGCCGAGGAAGCUAGGGUUCGCAAGGAGGAGCGUGGGGAGCCACGCGUGCGUCGGGAGAGAAGACCCCCGGGUUGGCACGGGGAUUAUGUUCUUAAGUGAAUUAAUAGUUUUAUAUUUAGUUUAUAUUUUAAUUACUUGUAAUAGAUUUUCUUAGGUGGACGUAUUAUAAGUCCCUUCAAGGGUUUUCUUUUCGGUUCUUUCCCUUGACGCCUUUUUUGAACCGACAGGGUAGCGUAUGAUUAGGGUUUUCUCUUAAUUAUAAAUAGGGAUGUACUCUCCUUGUUUUGGCAUCGAAUAAUCAAAACCCUAAUUU